AACACUGGUUGUUGAUCAGGUGGCUGUUGACCUGUUCGCCGAGCUUGGCAAUUGGCUUGCAAACGUUUCGUCACCAUACGAGGAGGCAUCAUCAGGAAAGAUUCGUCUGUCUUAUCUACCGCUUUGGUCCAAAGACAUCAGUAAUACGGAACAAUUCGUCCGAUCUGCCCUGGAGAAAUUAGCGGAAUUCACCCUAAAGAUAACACUGGUUGUUGAUCAGGUGGCUGUUGACCUGUUCGCCGAGCUUGGCAAUUGGCUUGCAAACGUUUCGUCACCAUACGAGGAGGCAUCAUCAGUGCGCACAUCAUCAACCACGCACUG